AUGUUUUGGUCAGCCGCUCUCCAAUGCGACCCAAACUCGGUCUUCUUUGGGUUCAUGGGUAUUACCUCAGCCAUCGUUUUUGCGAAUCUGGGGGCAGCCUAUGGAACUGCAAAGAGCGGCGUUGGUGUCAGCAGCGUUGGUGUGAUGCGCCCUGAUCUAAUCAUGCGUUCAAUUCUACCCGUUAUCAUGGCUGGUAUCUUGGGUAUCUACGGCCUCAUUAUCUCCAUUGUCAUUUCGUCCGUUAUGGGAUCGCCAGACGUUUACUCGGCAUACGCAGGCUACGGACACUUGGCUGGUGGUCUGGCAGUAGGUCUGAGCUCUCUGGCGGCAGGUCUUGCAAUUGGAAUUGUUGGCGAUGCUGGUGUGCGGGCAAAUGCCCAGCAGCCGAAGUUGUUCUUUGGUGUGACCCUCAUUCUCAUUUUCGCCGAAGCUAUUGGGCUUUAUGGUCUGAUUAUUGCACUGGUCAUCGUCACAAGGAAAGUAGACGGCCUCUGCACGAGCUACAAGUCAUAA